GAUGGACGGCGAAUGCUUGAUUUCACAUCAGUCUCCAUUAUCCUCUUGUAUGUACAGAUCUCAAGUCAUGAGAAAAGUGAUAGAGGAACGAUAUCAAGGAUGGGCCAUGAAGCACUGAAGAUCUUUAUGGAAACCACAUGGCAAUCAUUGAAGAAGGUUCACGCUUAAAACGAGAUGUGAUCUCGGAUCAGCCCUGCGCAUCGAUGUCAUCUGACUCGGAAUAACAUUGUUGCGAGUUUUGGGAAUCCGAUGACGCCUUGACUCUUCCUUUCUGCAUCCUUCAGGAUAUUUCGUAUGGUAUGAGACUAGGACUCACACAGACCAUGAACAUAGUGCUCGGAACGUAGGACAGCAACGGACGUACAGAUUACCCUCCACCGGUUGGACUGACGACAACUGCAAUCACAACAGUUAAACAGUUAUCCUGCAGUGUCACGUCCAUAUUCCAUCAGAAGACCUUUCCUCAACUCGAGUUUGAACAUCUCACAUUCUCGAGUGCGCUCGGUCUUCUGCCACAAAUGAAGGUCUACGUAUUAGACAACUACUAUUUAGCCAUCACACUCCUAAUUACCAUCGCAUAUCAGCUCUUUUUCUUUGCAAUUGCAUGGCAGAUGAAAUUCGACAAGCUUACUGGUAUUUCUAUUCUACCGUCCCAACCUUCAGUCGGACGACACAGCUAACUCCACGCAGAUUUCGCCGGCGGAACCAACUUCGUAGUCCUAGCCAUCAUAACACUCUCAUUUAGUGGCCAUGACAAUGCUAGGCAGAUCGUUGCGUCGCUGUUCAUUAUGAUCUGGGGUCUCCGACUAUCGGCUUUCCUACUCUUUCGAAUUAUCAAAACCGGAAAAGACGAUCGGUUUGACGACAAGCGGGAAAAGUUCUUUCCUUUCCUCGGUUUCUGGGCCUUCCAGAUGAUAUGGGUCUGGACGGUUUCGCUGCCCGUUACCAUCUUAAACUCUCCCAACGUUACUCGAUUUCCGCAACCAGCUUUUGGGACAGGUAGAGACAUCGCUGGAGUUAUUCUGUAUGGAAUUGGCUUGAUUAUGGAGACUGGUAGUGAUGCACAAAAGUAUAUCUUCAGGUCUAAGAAUCCAGAGAGAAAGGCGAUUUGCGAUACAGGGUUUUUCUACUGGUCGAGACAUCCAAAUUAUUUUGGGGAAAUCAUUAUUCAAUUUGGUUAGUCCAUCUAAGCCGUGCCUCUUUUUUCAAUUUUCUGAUAUCCCAGGUAUCUUCAUGAUUUGUGUUUCACCCGCAACCGAUGGUGUUGUUACUGGUGGCGCAUAUCAUGCUCUAUACGCCAGCAUCUUGGGGCCUUUUCUACUCACAAUUCUACUCAUGUUUAUUUCUGGUUUGACGCUUCAAGAGAGGCCGGGAGCCAAAAAGAGAUAUGAAAAAAACAAUAAUUGGGAGGCGUAUGCACGAUACUUGAACCGCACGAGCAUUUUAAUUCCGUUUCCUCCUCAACUGUACGAGAAGAUGCCCAUUAUCCUGAAACGAACGAUAUUCUUGGAGUUUCCUAUAUACGUGUUCGAUCCGGCGAAGCACUCUUCAGGGCCAAACGAACAGAGUCGGGCAGAGGAGGGCACUGCAAGAUCACAUUCGCAUGAUGCUCGGAAAAGUGGGGAUGGAGACCAGUUGGUGGGAGGACGGAGUUGAAAAUCUAAUAUUGGGAUGAGUAGGAGGUAUUUCCAUGACGGUCUAACGAAGAUGUAAUGUUAUAAUGAGCAAACUGACGAUCAAUGACUUGGUUUUUAGUAUAUAAUUCAGAGCACCAUUUCUUCUCCAACUGUCACGUUUUUGUGGAUCUUUGUGAUUACAAGUGGCUGAGGUCCAGCUAUUUGAGUGUUACUACUCACUACCUAGUUUCUACCUACCUAGGCUCC